AUGACGGUUACUGAGAUAGUCCAAGGGAAAAGUGAUGGAAGGAUGAGCAAACAUCAGCAGUGGAGGGUCUCUGAGCCUGUGGACCUUCAACGUCUCUGCACCUCGGAUGGCAAGGUCAUCACUAUGUCUUCUUUAACUGCAAACAUAGCCACAGACUCGCUGAUGGGCUACUGCUCUUGGUGCUAUGUGAACCAGUUCAAACCCUCAUUAUAUCUUACCUGGAUCAUGCCUCCAGCCUUCCUGCUUCAAAACAUCAUCUAUGUGGCCAUAACCAAAGUGUGGACGUGCGACUGCGAGCUGGCCCUGCUGCCCUUGGGCCAGCUGCUGCGCCUGCUGCCCGGCGCCCUCCAGCUGCGCGGGGACCAACUCGCCGUGCCCGGGUCCGGGGAGCCGGCUGCCACCAGCGGGGGCUUCAACGUCUUCGGCGACGGUCUUGUGCGCCUGGACGGGCAGCUCUGCCGACUCGGUCGCUACAUCAAGAGAUAUGUGGAACUGACCAACUACUGCGAUUAUAAAGACUACAGGGAAACUAUACUGAGCAAACCGAUGCUGUUCUUUAUUAAUGUACAGACCAGAAAAGACAUCUCAAAAGAAAGAACAUAUGCCUUCCUUGUGAACACAAGGCACCCCAAGAUAAGACGACAGAUAGAGCAAGGGAUGGAUAUGGUCAUUUCCUCAGUGAUUGGAGAAAGCUACCGGCUCCAGUUUGAUUUUCAAGAAGCAGUAAAGAAUUUUUUCCCUCCAGGAAAUGAGGUGGUUAAUGGAGAAAAUUUGAGCUUUGCCUAUGAAUUCAAAGCUGACGCAUUAUUUGAUUUCUUCUAUUGGUUUGGGCUCAGCAAUUCCACUGUAAAGGUGAAUGGAAAAGUUCUGAAUUUGUCAAGUACAAGACCAGAAAAGAAGGAGACAAUUAAAUUAUUUCUGGAAAAAAUGAGUGAACCAUUAAUUCGAAGGAGCAGUUUCUCUGACCGAAAAUUCAGUGUAACUUCUAGAGGUUCAGUAGAUGACGUUUUUAACUGCAGCCUGUCACCCAGAUCAUCUUUGACGGAGCCUCUUUUGGCAGAAUUACCGUUUCCAAGUGUUCUGGAAUCUGAAGAGACACCUAACCAAUUUCUCUGAUUGGACUGAACAUGUCUAGUUCCUCCUACACUCCAGGCCAACUGAAGGUUGAGGGGUGGAGCAGGGAGGUGGGAGGCAGGCCUUCCACCCUCUGGUCCACCCCUCUACUCCUCCAAGAGAGUGCUCCUCUCACAUUUCCCUGGGUGCUGCCUUGCCCUGGCAGGCUCCAUGUAGCUGACUUCAGGAUGGGAGGGCACUGGCCCCAUCGCUGGGUAUCCCCGCCUUUGAACACUUCUCC